GAUCAUAACACGCCACCAACUCUUACACCAGCGCAGGCGCCACCUCUUUCUUUAAUCUCAGUCCCUGUUGAAUCACAAAACAGUUCACCACGAAUUCUUCCUCCUGCUUCUACUGAAAGGGUCAGGAGUUUAAGUCAUCCUGGUAGUGAGGCGCAUGACAUAUCUUCUCAUCCACAUCCACCAUUUCAUGCAGCUGGUAAAUCACCACCUGGUAUUCAUCUUAAUCUUUUGUCUGCAGAAGUUAUGCCUGGGGAGGAGCAAGUGCUAGGAAGUGCCACAGCUUCACUUUCAAGACUGACACAGAUGGCACAAGAUAGCACCACACCAGAUGAAGCACAUUUUAUAGAAAUGACAACAUUAUCAACUGAAACAGUGCCUAUGGCAAUGCAAGAAGAAUAUGAGGAAGACCAGCUUGAAUUACAAAGUAAUGAUUUAACUUUGGAUGAAACUAAAAGCUCAAUUUCUCCACAAACUAAUAAACAUUUUAAAAUUCAGGAAGAUAAUCUUGAGCUUGAAGAAGGUAAUUUAUCAGUAGAGAGAAGUGUUAUUGAUAAAUGUGACUUGGAGGGUAACAUAGAUAAAGCUGAAGACACUGAAUACCUAAAAGAACAAAAUCAUUGUUUAAGCCAAGAUCAGGAUGGUGAAUUAGAAGAUGGUCUACUGGAGCACAGAGAUGGCACCAGUGAGAUUUAGAAUAUU